GAAAGAAGGAGAGAGGCAGGCAGGGCAGCAUUGUUAUCUUAAGACACUCAUCUGGUGUCUGAGUCUGCAGGUGACACUGGUUAGGUACGGAGCGUGAAGUCGGAGUGGGGACGCACCGGGCUGCAGCUCUAGGAUGGAAUCCGCCUGCCUGCCAAGCGGCUCGCGGCUCAACCCGCAGCGCCUCCUCUGAGCUCGGCGGGUUCCGGAGGACUUGGGAAAUGCACCUGCCGCGCGCUCAGAGGACACCAGCAGGUCCUCAGGCAGCCGAAGGAGCCCAGACGCCCGAGGAACCGUUUCUGACCACGUACAAGGCACAGAUUUCGGAUGACAGGGCGGGUGAGUCUCUUUAGAGUUGGGGGAAAAAAAGGCAAGAUCUUUGGUUUCACCUCGGUCGAGGGACAGGGGACUUCUCAGUUGGCCUCCCACUUUCCUCACCUCUCCCACGCCGCGUGCGACCCAGCCUAGCGCUGAUCCCACUUCACAGAUGCUGUGGGUGCCUGGGAUGCUCGCUGCUCCGUGGCAAGGCAGCAGGCAAGUGGUCUAAACGCCGCCGCCGCCGCCGCCGCCACCGCCGCCGCCGCGGCAACAGCAAAGCCCAGAACAGGAGAAUUUGAAAAGAGACAUCCGUUCCCUCUCACAAGCUGAGGGGGGGAGGCAUUCGCAUUUCCCCAAAGGAGAAAGAGCCACAAGAAAUCAUGAAGUAAAAACUUUGGAAGGCUGCCACUGGAGAUGUUGCACAAAAACUGGGCGUCUUUUAGGAGUCUCCUCGCAGUCCUUGGUGUUUUGGGGAGCAGCUGAUACAGCAAGAAGGGCUCUUACAAGGAUUCAAGGUUGUUUACUGAGCAAAGCCAGAGGGCACAGAACAUCCCUGCGUCAUCAACUCCUGCUGAUCCCCUUCCCCAAGUUUGGAGCCCUGGAGGAGCAGCACGGAGUGGGAGAGCUUGGCGAGAGAAUGAAGACACUAACCGCCUGGGAGAAGCAUGAGGUGGCCGUGCAGCUCUCGGUUUAGAGGGCUUUGGCCGGAGGCCGCCCCAUGGGCAGUCCUGCUGGCACUAGGCGUGCCCGGGUGGGUGCUGGCUGUCUCGGCCACGGUGGCCGCUGUGGUCCCGGAACAGCAUGUCUCCUCGGCUGGUCAGGCUCCCCUGGACUGGCUGCUCACAGACCGAGGCCCCUUCCACCGUGCCCAGGAGUAUGCUGAUUUCAUGGAGCGUUACCGCCAGGGGUUCACUACCAGAUACAGGAUCUACAGGGAGUUUGCCCGAUGGAAAGUGAACAACUUGGCCCUAGAAAGGAAAGACUUCUUCAGUUUGCCCCUGCCUCUCGCCCCAGAGUUUGUCCGCAACAUCCGCCUCCUUGGAAGGAGACCCAACCUGCAGCAGGUCACUGAAAACCUCAUCAAAAAGUACGGCACUCAUUUCUUACUUUCUGCCACUCUUGGAGGAGAAGAGUCCCUGACCAUUUUUGUGGACAAGAGGAAACUAAGCAGAAAGUCAGAAACACUAGGAGGUGUUCCUGUAGUGGGGGGCACUGGGAACAGCUCUGCUGUGUCUCUGGAAACCCUGCACCAGCUGGCAGCCUCCUACUUCAUUGACAGAGAGAGCACACUGCGAAGACUUCACCAUAUCCAAAUAGCCACAGGGGCCAUAAAGGUCACAGAGACCAGGACCGGUCCACUGGGCUGCAGCAACUAUGACAAUCUGGACUCUGUCAGCUCUGUCCUGGUUCAGAGUCCAGAGAACAAAGUGCAGUUAUUGGGCCUGCAGGUGCUGCUCCCUGAACACCUGCGUGAGCGGUUUGUGGCUGCAGCACUCAGCUACAUCACAUGCAGCUCUGAGGGUGAGCUUGUCUGCAGGGAGAAUGACUGCUGGUGCAAGUGCAGCCCCACGUUCCCAGAAUGCAACUGUCCUGAUGCUGACAUUCAAGCUAUGGAAGACAGCUUGCUGCAGAUCCAAGACUCCUGGGCCACUCACAACAGGCAGUUUGAAGAGUCAGAAGAAUUCCAGACCCUGCUGAAGAGGCUCCCCAGCGACCGAUUCCUGAACUCCACAGCCAUCUCCCAGUACUGGACCAUGGACGCCAACCUCCAGCACCGUUAUCAGCAGCUGGGAGCCAGCUUGAAAGUCCUGUUAAAGAAGAUGCACCGGAUCGUCCGCCGCCUCUUCAAUCUCUGCAAGCGCUGCCAUCGGCAGCCUCGCUUCCGCCUGCCCAAGGAGAGAUCCUUGUCUUUCUGGUGGAACCGAAUCCAGUCCCUUCUCUACUGUGGAGAAAGCACCUUCCCUGGGACAUUCCUGGAACAGAGCCACAGCUGCACCUGUCCCUAUGACCAAUCUUCCUGCCAGGGCCCCAUUCCAUGUGCCCUGGGGGAAGGGCCUGCAUGUGCCCACUGUGCUUCAGACAAUACCACGCGCUGUGGGAGUUGUAACCCUGGUUAUGUGCUAGCCCAGGGACUGUGCCGGCCAGAGGUAGCCGAGUCCCUGGAGAACUUUCUUGGGCUGGAGACAGACCUGCAGGACCUUGAGCUGAAGUACCUGCUGCAGAAGCGAGAUAGCCGCAUUGAGGUGCACUCCAUCUUUAUCAGCAAUGACAUGCGUCUGGGCAGCUGGUUUGACCCUUCCUGGAGGAAGCGGAUGCUCCUCACUUUGAAGAGUAACAAGUACAAGCCGGGCCUGGUGCAUGUGAUGUUAGCCUUGUCCUUGCAGAUCUGCCUCACUAAGAACAGCACCCUGGAGCCCGUCAUGGCCAUCUAUGUGAACCCCUUCGGGGGCAGCCACUCUGAGAGCUGGUUCAUGCCUGUAAACGAGGGCAGCUUUCCAGACUGGGAAAGGACUAACGUGGAUGCAGCUGCCCAGUGCCAAAACUGGACUAUCACUUUGGGGAACAGGUGGAAGACUUUUUUUGAGACAGUCCAUGUUUACCUACGGAGCCGAAUCAAGUCCCUGGAUGACAGCUCCAACGAGACAAUCUACUAUGAGCCCCUGGAGAUGACUGAUCCCUCCAAGAAUUUGGGCUACAUGAAAAUCAACACUUUGCAGGUCUUUGGCUACAGCCUGCCCUUUGACCCGGAUGCUAUCCGAGACUUAAUUCUCCAGCUGGACUACCCGUACACUCAAGGUUCCCAGGACUCUGCACUCUUACAACUCAUUGAGCUUAGAGACCGGGUGAACCAACUCUCUCCCCCUGGCAAAGUCCGGCUUGAUCUUUUCUCCUGCUUGCUCCGCCAUAGGCUCAAGCUGGCCAACAACGAGGUGGGCAGGAUCCAGUCCUCCCUGAGAGCUUUCAAUUCCAAGCUGCCAAAUCCUGUGGAGUAUGAGACAGGCAAACUCUGUAGCUAAUGGGGGAACUACCCCAGUGCUGGUCAGAGAGUUGAUCCACACAUUCAGGGUGCAAAGAUAAUCCAAGCCCUCACCUCAGUGCCAACAGAGUGCUUCUAAGAGACUUUUAGCACCUGGGAGAUAGGAGCUCAAGGCUUGGACUGAAGCAGGCGAAAAACAAUGAAACAGCCACUGCACACAUGCACAAGUGCAUAUAACACCCUACCACACACACUCACAGGGAGGCCACAGCCCAGCCACCUCGAAUCUGUAAAGUUGGUGCUCUCUAAAAUGAAUGCAGUUGAAGAAGAACCAAGGAAGAGAUAAAAGAGCUGGCUAAACCAGGAAAGAAAUGACUGAAAAAAAUACAUUUCAAAGUGAUUCUUGUCAUCUAGGAUAGCAAGAGGGACAGAAGUGGGAGGGACAGGAGACCUCCCCUCUGUGGAGUCACUUUUGUAUUCUUUUUAACCAGAUUUCUUAAAAUGUCAUUGUUCUGUGACUCCCUGCACUGCUUCUUACUCUGUACAGUGCCUCCCUGCACCCUGGAGGCCUUGGUGUCCUUGGAAAGUGUGUGCAGUGCUAAAGCAGAGGAGCUCACGCUAAGGGCAGGUCACGGCCUCUUUGCUCCCUCCCCCACUUCUUCCUCCUGCCAGCUCCCUCACUUUCUUGGCCUCCCCAGUUUCAGAGUUUUGACUUGUUCCAAGAGCCCCUCACAGUUCAUCCAGAGCCCUCUUCCCACAGCACCCAUCUGUUCAAGGAAGCAGUUUUGUCAAGUUAGAGAGACAACAUAUAUGGAAAUGUUCUUUUUAAAAAAAAACAACAAAACAAAAAAUAUUUAUUUUGUGAUUGUUUUCUUGUCAACCUGCUCCAGUCACAUGAACCUCUGAGUAAAGUUUUACUUGGUUUAACACA